AUGUAUCGUUACCCUGUGGUGGUCUUCUAUAUGUAUCUUUACCCUGUGGUGUUCUUCUAUAUGUAUCGUUACCCUGUGGUGUUCUUCUAUAUGUAUCGUUACCCUGUGGUGUUCUUCUAUAUGUAUCGUUACCCUGUGGUGUUCUUCUAUAUGUAUCUUUACCCUGUGGUGUUCUUCUAUAUGUAUCUUUAUCCUGUGGUGUUCUUCUAUAUGUAUCGUUACCCUGUGGUGUUCUUCUAUAUGUAUCGUUACCCUGUGGUGUUCUUCUAUAUGUAUCUUUACCCUGUGGUGUUCUUCUAUAUGUAUCUUUACCCUGUGGUGUUCUUCUAUAUGUAUCGUUACCCUGUGGUGUUCUUCUAUAUGUAUCGUUACCCUGUGGUGUUCUUCUAUAUGUAUCUUUACCCUGUGGUGUUCUUCUAUAUGUAUCUUUACCCUGUGGUGUUCUUCUAUAUGUAUCUUUACCCUGUGGUGUUCUUCUAUAUGUAUCUUUACCCUGUGGUGCUCUUCUAUAUGUAUCUUUACCCUGUGGUGUUCUUCUAUAUGUAUCUUUACCCUGUGGUGUUCUUCUAUAUGUAUCGUUACCCUGUGGUGUUCUUCUAUAUGUAUCGUUACCCUGUGGUGUUCUUCUAUAUGUAUCUUUACCCUGUGGUGUUCUUCUAUAUGUAUCGUUACCCUGUGGUGUUCUUCUAUAUGUAUCUUUACCCUGUGGUGUUCUUCUAUAUGUAUCGUUACCCUGUGGUGUUCUUCUAUAUGUAUCUUUACCCUGUGGUGUUCUUCUAUAUGUAUCUUUACCCUGCGGUGUACACCUGA